AAGAGCUACGUCUCCAUGCAAGUUUUGCACUGUUAUAGUCCUCUCUAAGCUGAAUAAUCCUUCCUGCAUCUUUCUGGAAGAUGGAAGCAUCUAAUUAAUUGGAUAGAGUUUAAUUAAUGACUAGUGUUCAUAAGUUACAUUCGUAUUUGGCAGGUAUCAAUCAGAUUGACAUAAGUCAGACAAAGGGUGCAAAGCUAGAGCCAUGUUAAGCACCCUCAACUCAGCAACUUCAUCGUGUUCAAAAGUUACAGAGAUCACGAAACGCAUCCUUGGAGGCUUCACCUCCGUCAGACACCUCAAGCAUGUUCACGCUGCGCUUUUCCGCUUUGGGCUUCACCAACACAACUAUCUUCUCAACAUGAUCUUGAAAGCUACCUUUCAUUUUGGUCAAACCAAUUAUGCUUGUCUUAUCUUCAAUCAAACUAAGCAACCCAACAUUUAUCUUUGGAACACAAUGAUUCAGGGCCUUGUUUCCAUCGAUUGCUUUCUCGAAGCAUCGCAGUUUUAUGCUUCUAUGCGUAGCCAAGGCUUCUUGCCCAACAGUUUCACAUUCCCUUUUGUUCUCAAGGCUUAUGCCAGGCUUUUGCAUUUGCAGUUGGGUAUCAGAAUCCAUGCCCUUGUUGUCAAACUAGGCUUUGAUUGUGAUGUCUUUGUUAAGACCAGUUUGCUUUGUUUGUACGCAAAAUGCGGAUGUUUGGAUCGCGCAAUUAAGGUGUUUGAUGAUAUUCCAGAGAAGAAUGUCGUUUCUUGGACAGCCUUGAUUAGUGGCUACAUUGACGUUGGACGGUACAGAGAAGCGGUUAAUAUGUUUAGUAAGUCGUUAGAGAUGGGUUUGAGGCCUGAUAGUUUCAGCCUUGUUAGAGUUCUGGCAGCUUGUGCUCACUCAGGGGAUUUGAAUAGUGGAGAGUGGAUUGAUAGAUCUAUAACACAGUUUGGAUUGAGCAGAGAUGUGUUUGUCGCAACCUCUGUAGUGGAUAUGUAUGCUAAGUGUGGAAAUAUGGAGAAGGCGCGCCUUGCCUUUGACGGGAUGCCUGAGAAGGAUAUAGUUACUUGGAGCACUAUGAUUCAAGGUUAUGCAUCUAAUGGACUCCCAAAAGAGGCACUAGACCUCUUCUUCCAAAUGCAGAAAGAGAAAUUGGCACCUGAUUGUUAUGUUAUGGUCGGAGUUCUUUCUGCUUGUGCUAGAUUAGGAGCUCUAGAAUUAGGGGACUGGGCUAGCAAGUUAAUGGACAGAGCUGAGUUUUUGUCUAACCCUGUACUAGGUACUGCAUUAAUUGAUAUGUUUGCAAAAUGUGGGAGCAUAGCUCAAGCUUUUGAAAUCUUUAAGAGGAUGAAGGAGAAAGAUCUCGUAGUUUGGAAUGCUGCAAUAUCUGGGCUUGCGAUGAAUGGACAUGUUAAAGCUGCAUUUGGUCUUUUUAGCCAAAUGGAAAAAUCAGGUAUUCUACCUAAUGGGAAUACUUUCAUUGGCUUGCUUUGUUGCUGUACUCAUGUCGGUUUGGUUGAUGAUGGCCACCGGUAUUUUGAUAGCAUGAGUCGUGUCUUUUCUUUGACUCCUACUAUUGAGCAUUAUGGGUGCAUGGUGGAUCUUCUAGGCCGUGCAGGUUUAUUAGGUGAAGCUCAUCAGUUGAUCAAAAAUAUGCCAAUGGAGGCCAAUUAUAUUGUUUGGGGAGCCUUGUUGGGUGGAUGUAGACUGCACAAGGAUACCCAGUUAGUGGAACAUGUACUAAAGAAACUCAUUGAGUUAGAACCAUGGAAUUCGGGAAAUUAUGUCCUCUUAUCAAACAUAUAUUCAGCAAGUCAUAAAUGGGAUGAUGCUGCAAAAAUUAGGUCAAUCAUGAAUGAGAGAGGAAUACAAAAAGUACCGGGAUACAGUUGGAUUGAAGUAAAUGGGUUUGUUCAUGAAUUCCUUGUGGGUGACAAAUCUCAUCCCUUGUCAGAAAUGAUAUACACAAAACUUGGCGAAUUGGCCAAGGAACUUAAAGCAGCUGGUUAUGUUCCAACCACAGAAUAUGUGUUGUUUGACAUAGAAGAGGAAGAAAAAGAGCAUUUUCUUGGUUGCCAUAGUGAGAAGCUGGCUAUUGCAUUUGGUUUAAUCAGCACUGCUCCAACAGAUGUAAUUCGAGUUGUUAAAAACCUUCGUGUAUGUGGUGAUUGUCAUGAGGCCAUAAAGCUUAUUUCAAGGGUUACAGGAAGAGAGAUAAUUGUUAGGGAUAAUAACAGAUUUCAUCAUUUCAUCGGUGGUUCAUGCUCUUGUGGAGAUUAUUGGUGAAAUCAAAUAUAAACAAAUCACAGGUGUGUGCUGAUUCUUCUCCAUCAAUACUGUUAUACCAGUGUUGAAACUGGAAACUGAUUAGCACAUCAUGUGUUUAUGUCCAUCCUCAGUUGAAGCAUGGUUUAUGAGCAGAAUCCCUUUACGUCAAGAAUGGAGGUUUCCCUUCUUUCUAAGAUUGUGAAGAGCAGUAGCAGAAGAUUCUUUUUGGUUUUAGAAGCUUUAGUGCAAAAGUUUGCAAGCUUAUGUGCUGGAGCAUUUUGGAAAUGGAAGAUUCUUUGGUUGAUUUAUACAUGGUAAGAAAUUGGCCAAACUCUAUACUCCUUGCUACUGUUGAUUGUGUUAUGGAUUCUACCUAUACUACAUUAUUUGGUUCCAUCAUUGGACAAUGGGUGGACAGCAUGGUAUAAAUAAAGGCUUGCUUGAGAUGUUUUCUUAAUAUUAAGAUUUCAAAUUUCAGUUUUCAUGUAAAUCCUUGUAAUAAACUUCUUGUGCAGUAGUUAAUCAAAUGAUUCCUUUGAGCACGAACAACAUAUAUAUAGGGAUGCAUAAUCAUCCAAAUUUUCCAGGCGGUUAAAUUUUGCUGAAUUGUAUGAGUAGUACUCUUUUCAUGUUAUUAAUGGCAUAACCUUGAUUACUCCAUGGCUACCUAUACUGCAGCAUGAGAAAAAGUCUCUUAAUUUUCGGUUGAAGAAAUUUCCCAUAUAUAUUGUUGUCAGUAAGUGCCACAACAUAGCCUAUAUCUUUGAUUGGUGAAAUAAUGUCAUCAGUGAUCAUCUGCAGAAAUCUUUUUUAAAGAUGUAAAAUUACAUAUUAAUCUGAGAAGUGUAUUUCAUUAAGCCAGUUUGACUGGCUGCUAAGCAAAAAAUUUAAACUGACAAAAAGAUCAGCUACUCAGUUCUGUUGGCAGGUUCUCUAACUUUGGUUGGCAGCUCAGAAGCUCUCUAUGAUUUCUGGAGGUGCUGUGAUGGCCUCAUUGGUAUUCUCAGCCAUACAAGUUAACAAAUCUGACAGCGGUCAUCUUGCUAGUGAUACUGACAAAUCAUCUUUGAGGCUGUUGUUGCUAUUUCCACAUUUUGUGGGACUAUCUUAAUUAUAGAUCAUGUUGACUGCAUAAACUGCUUUCUUGAUAACUAAUACGGGGAAGUGUAAUAUGCAUUGUUAGACUUAAAAAGAAGGGUUGGAAUUUGUUUCCCCCAAUAAUUCAUCUUUAAAUUGAUUAUCUAUACCAAAAAUUUAGUCUGAAGUGUCCUCUGUUUAUCCUAUUGUGGUCUGUCAUUAAAAAUCUGAAGGAAAAGAAUUGUGAAAGAUUAGGUAUCAUAUGACAGGCACCCCUUGUUCUGUUCUUAUGCUUUUUCUAACUGUUGGUUGAUGUUGUUUUCUUUAUUGCCUUCCAGGACUGGGCAGCGGUAACAUCAGAAAGUAUUCAGAUUUACUGACAAAGAUAAAUUCUAUCAUCUCAUUGAUAUAACCUGCCAGCUAGUUGUGCUUGUUGUUAUUGGCAUCAUUGUUUAAUUUUUUUGGAGCAACAUUGGCUUCAUACCAGCUUUAUAUCACUCAACACAUCUGCUAUGACCUCACCAAGGUGGAUAAUUUUAUUUGGUUGGCUGGACUAUUGGCUUUUUAUGCAUAUGUAUGCCAUUUAUACCGUCAUUAGGUGAAAGCAGCCUGAGGAGGACAAAGGAAUUUCACCAAUUGAUACAAAAGAGACCAUAUCUCCUAUGGCAAGAGCAAAGUUUUUCAUGAUGUGCAAAAUUCAGCAUUAUUAAGAAACUCUGCGUAGUAAUUAAAUGUCUUCGAACUUCAUUAUUUUGAUGCAUGAAGAGUGUGUUUAAAAGCAAGAGCAUAGUGCUUCCUGCAGUUGGUUUGGCAUUGUUGUAAUUCACAGUCUCAGGUGACUAUCUAGCGAUUCUCUUUGAUUCAACUCCUGAAGUGUCAUUCUGGCCAAAAAAUAAAAACAAUCUCCUCUAGUUACAAAUAAAAACCAUGCGUGAUUUAUUUAAUUGGGAUUCUUUCUGAUAGUUAUUGUUGGCCUGACCUGAAAUGUUGUGUUUUAGGUUGUGAAAAUGGGAAGAGGUUGACAAUCAUAAUGCAUUCAAAUCCAAAGUUGGUCAUCUUUCAAGUUUGCCAGAGAAAUUUACUUCAUUUCUGAACAAUCUUUAGAUUAAGCUUUUGGUCCUCUGGUGUAUCUUAAGAACAAUCUUUGGAUUUAGCUUAUAAUCCUCCAUGUGACAACUCAAUGCUUUUUGAAUCUUUGAUGAUGGCAGCCUUGGAACUGGAAGCAGAGGCGUCCCUUCAUGUGUUAUGGGAGAUGCAUGCAGCCAUGCAGGACAGGCAUCUCAAUUAGAAAAAGCUGCAAUAGUUGUUACCUUGUCUUGCAACUUGUCAAGAACAUAUUCCUACACUUACAAAACGGCUAUAAUCUUUCUGGUAAUAAGGAGUCACUUGUUCAUUAUAAAAGUAGCACAUCCUGGUCCUGAUCACUAUCAGUUGGUUGCUUCUUAUAAAGAAUUCUUUAGAACAGGUCAAUGGGAAGUAUUGAUUGCGCUUUGCAUAUUUGGCAUACACCUUUCUCAUGUAGUAGACCUGCCUGCUGAUUUGGGUUGUCUCAGUAUCUUUGUAUUA